AAAGGUUGAUAUUUAGAACUGUAUAUUACAUUAUUUUGCUUUGACAAUAAUACGAUAAUAUCAAACUGACAUUUCGUUACAUAUUUGUUUACGCUUAGCUCGAAAAGGAAAUAUUCAAUAUGAAAAUUGGAUUGUGCAAGUUUCUGCAAGCAACUAAAUAUUCCUCUUAAAGUGUUUUUAAAACACGGAACGUGUUCAGUACAUUUUAUGCAUGCUGUACACUCAAAUAAUCAUAUGUCAGGACAAUGGUAAGAAUAAGACUUAUUCCAGUUUUAUUCACAUUACGUUUUUCGCUGUCGUCUGCUUUCGUGGUAUCGGGUACACAAUGUCCUGCGUCACACCCCUGUAACUGUCACCAGACUGUAAUUGACUGUCGUAACAAGAGUUUACAGUCUAUAGGGCCGUUUGGGUACCGAAAUGUCGAUUCCUAUAAUACAUUAGACUACGGCGGAAACCAUCUGACAUCACUUCCUGCGUCAUCCUUUUCAGAAUUAUCACUUACAGCUAUAUAUCUUGACAACAACAACAUUUCAAAUGUACACGAAAUGUCCUUCCAUGGUCAUGAGAAAGACUUAUUGGUCCUUAACCUCGCUGACAAUAAUCUAAAGACAUUGCCAACUGCUGUCAGCCGUUUACAAGUAAUUAAAGUACUUGAUGUAUCUGGAAACCCCAUCGACGGAACUCGUCACAAUCUUGGCACAAUUAAUGCAACGUCUGACGGUCUAAAUAGUGAUGUAAUGAACGCUAUUGGCGAUUCUCUUGAAGAGUUUUCGUUUGGACAUACCUCGGCGCUGACACACUGGCCAGAUACAUUGCGUCAUUUGCAACAACUCAAAGUACUGAAAAUACUUGGUUCAAACAUUGACCUUAUAUUUCAAGGAAGCUUUUAUGGUUUUACAUAUACCCUGAAAUCUCUGACAAUCAACAAUGCAAAGCUUAAACAAAUUCCUAUUGCUAUUGGAGCUUUACAUCAGUUGGAGGAACUGCAUUUCGAUCAUAACAGAUUUGAGAAAGGAGACAAAAUAAUAAUUAAUGAAACGUUUAAAGAUGUGAGUUCAACUUUAAAAGUUUUGAGUCUCGAAUACAACAAUUUUAAGCAUUUCCCACCAGCAAUAAGAUAUCUAAAAAAUUUACAGAACCUCAGUUUGGAAGGUAACAAGUUCGUCUAUAUUAGUGAUGAAUCAGUGUAUGACCUAAAACAGACAAAAGUGUCCGUUUUGAACUUAAACGGAUGCGGGCUAAAACGAAUUCCUGGUUCUAUUUCGGAGUUGAGGACAUUGGUAGAGUUGGAUCUGUCGUAUAAUGCCAUUGUGACGAUAGAGCAUGGUGACAUAGAGAACCUUCCCCAUCUUAGAAAUCUCUCAUUUAAGGCUAAUCCACUUAAAUAUAUCUCUCGCAGUUCUUUUAAUGGACUUACAGCAUUGAAAUAUUUAGACUUAUCAGAAACAAACCUUACGUACAUAUCUGAAGGAAUACAGAAUCUUUACAACAUUGAAAUUCUUGAUCUAAGAAACACGCGCGUUGACUGCACGUGUGAUAUGUUUUGGGUAAAACGUUGGAUGGACAUUCUAGGAACAGGUGUAAGGAUUGACGGAAAUUGUGAGACGAUCAACAGUUUGAUUCAGGAGUAUCUAAACAAAAGGGUCCCAACAUGUCCCGAUUAUUUACAGAAUGGACUGGGAUGAUAAAGCCACUUCUUUGCUCUGCUUUAACAUAUAUUCAAAAUACAAAACAAAAAGAUAGUGCAUGAAACCCAAAUCUCGUUAAUAUUGUUUAUGAACGAUUUGACUUAGGGUCAUUUUAUUAUUCUCCUCUUAUCAAUAUUUCGUGGUUAGAAUACUGAUUAAUUGUUUGAUUGCAUACCGGACGAUACAAAGACAUCUUUCAUGUAUUUAUACCAUAUGUACCCGGAGAUUAUAUUUCAGUAAAGACUAGAAAUCAAACUAGAGAGUGUUUUUUUUUUUUUUUUUUUGUUUCUGCUUACUUCAACUAGUAAAAGAACAGUAUGGUUACAUCGGGUAAGUAUUCAAAAAUCUUUUAUUAGUUAAUGGGGCAGAUAGGAUGCUCGACGAUAUUUGUACUGUUCUCAUGUAAACAGUUAUCCAACAGCCGGGUAUUCCUUAAUGCAGCUACAACCAGUGAUAAUCUUUUCUUGCAUGCCAAUUUCAAUAAAUGAAUUCCUUACAGCACGUUUGUUCUUACUGUAGCGUAUUAUAAAAAAGGCGAGAUGGAGUUUUCCAGCACCGGCUCCUGUCCGGAAUGCAAGACUAC